AUGGAUUUCAAUUUCGAAACUGGAUUUUCGCUAUUUGAGGCAUUAGACAUUUUAUAUAAUGACAUAGAUGCAGACGAGAUAUUUAUCGAACCACCGGAACCGUGUGUUCAAACUGAUGAAGACUCCGGGGAUGAAAACAAUGGUGAAGUAGACAACUUAUCAGCACGCCAAUUACGAUCUAAAGCAGAAAUUAAAUUAGCCAAUAAUAAGAGGUACGGUGGUAUUGGUGAUGAUAACAUUUAUCCUGCAGAAAGUUUGAGCAGUAAUUCUGGGACAUUGAGUGAACAAUAUCAACAUGUAAGCGCAAAAAGUACAGAUGAAUGGAUGAAAAAAUUAAAAACUGGUAAGAAAUCUUUUACGUGGAUAAAAGGGGGAGAUUUUGAAGAGCUUCAAUUGGAGUUUCCUCAACCUGAUUUUUCAAAGUAUAAAAACUUAUCUAUAGUAGACAUUUUUGAAACUUUUUUGGAUUACGACAUAAUUAAUUAUCUUGUGGAUGAAACUAGACGUUAUGCACUUUUUUUAAAUUGUCCAGAUCCACAUAUAUCGCAUGACGAAAUUCGAUGUUUUAUAAGUAUUUUAUACCUUAGUGGGUAUAAUAAACUACCUUCAAAAAAAUCGUUUUGGGACUCUAUGGAUGAUAUUAUGAAACAUGAAGCUGUCUGUAAUGCAAUGCGCCGUGAUAGAUUUUUGCAAAUAUGUCGCUUUAUUCAUUGUGCUGAUAAUACACAAAUUGGUGCUAAAGAUAAGGCUUGGAAAAUUAGACCUCUUAUGAAUAUGAUAAAAAAUAAAUGUUUAGAAAAUGUUGUACCUCAAAAACAUCUUGCUUAUGACGAAUCAUUGGUGAAGUACUUUGGUAAGCAUGGAUGUAAGCAAUUUAUUAAAGUCAAACCAAUACGGUUUGGUUACAAAAUGUGGUGUGUAAAUACGAAUGAUGGUUAUCUUGUAAAUUUUGAAUUGUAUCAAGGCAAAGAUCCUCGUGAAAAUGAAAAAUAUAAUUCAGUAUUUGGAAAGGCAGUAUCACCCUUAUUUUAA